GAGUGCAGGGUGCGCUCCAUCCACAGCCUCAGCACACCGGACUGCCUGCCUGUCAUCCUCCACCAGCUCUCUCUCUCUUUCUCUGCUGUUGGUCCACUCCUCCAGUUCCCUUUUCAUCGGCUUCUUCUACAGUUGUCGGAUCUAUAGCAUGGCUACAAUUUAACACGCACCACCGAGCCGUCAGCAGUUCCACUUGCUACAAAAAGAAAUUCUCCUCCAAAGCUUUGUCCGGCUGAAGUCCCCAUAAUGAUGGAGUAUUGGAGGCAAUGCGCGCUGUGGUUGAUCAACUGCAAGGUGCUUCCAGCGAACCACCGGGUGACAUGGGAGUCUGCUCAGGUAUUCGACCUGGCCCAGACCCUCCGGGAUGGGGUCUUGCUCUGCCAUCUGCUCAACAACCUGAGACCCCAGUCCAUCAACCUGAAGGAGAUCAACCUCCGGCCGCAGAUGUCACAGUUCCUGUGUCUGAAGAACAUCAGGACGUUCCUGGCAGCAUGCAGCGAGGUAUUCGGCAUGAGGAAGAGCGAGCUGUUCGAGGCCUUUGACCUUUUCGACGUCAGGGACUUUGGAAAGGUUAUGGACACACUCUCCAAACUUUCACACACAGCGAUUGCACAACAAACUGGAAUCAGGCCCUAUCCAUCGGAGGAGAGUGUUGAAGACGAGGAUAUCUACAACCACCUGGAGGACCUUAUAGAUGAGAACGAGGUGGAGGAUGAGGAGGAUCUGUACGACUGCGUGUAUGACGAUGAAGAUGGAGGAGAGAUCUACGAGGACUUGAUGAAGACAGAAGCUAUCCCUCCUCCGGCGUUCCAGAAGCAAGCAGAGACGGACAUCAGGAGUUGCUGUUUAACAGAGAUCAGGCAGACAGAGGAGAAAUACACUGAGACCCUGGAGUCCAUAGAAAAGCACUUUAUGACGCCCCUCAACAUGUUUCUAUCCAUGGUCGAGAUGGAAAAGGUGUUUGUGAAUAUCCCGGAACUGGUUAAAGUUCACAAAUGUUUACUGGUGGAAAUCCAAGACUCAGUCCACCACAGAAGUGCCCUGAACCUUUACCAGAUCUUCAUCACUUUCAAAGAGAGGUUGUUGAUCUACGGGAAAUACUGCAGCCAUGUGGAAACAGCCAUCGCCUCUCUGGAUGACAUCUGCAAAGACAGAGAGGACGUACGCAUGAAGCUAGAGGAAUGUUCAAAGAGAGCCAACUACGGCAAGUUCACACUGAGGGAUCUGUUGGUGGUUCCUAUGCAGCGGGUCUUAAAGUAUCACCUCCUCUUGCAGGAGCUGGUGAAACACACUCUUGAUUCUACAGACAAGACUAAUCUGCGGACGGCACUGGAUGCCAUGAAGGACUUGGCUCAGUACGUCAACGAAGUCAAGCGAGACAAUGAGACGUUGCGAGAAAUAGAUCAGUAUCAGAAAUCCAUCGAAAACCUGAAUCAGGCUCUGAGUAACUACGGGAGACCCAAAGGUGACGGCGAGGUACGGGUGUCCUCGGUGGACAAACGAGCUAAACAGGACAGGCACAUCUUCCUGUUCGACGCGGCGGUGAUUGUUUGCAAGCGGCGAGGAGACAACUACGAGAUGAAGGAAGUGAUCGACCUGCACCUCUUCAAGAUCACCAACAACCCCACGUCGGACAAGGAGAACCGAAAGUGGUCCUACGGAUUCUACCUCACUCACAACCAGGGCCAGAGCGGCUUUGAAUUCUUCUUCAAGACCAAAGAGCUGAAAAAGAAGUGGCUGGAGCAGUUUGGCAUGGCCAUAUCCAACAUUCGCCCUGAGAACGCCACUAACAACUUCCACGAGUUCAACAUGCACACCUUUGAAAGGAUCACCUCCUGCAACUCCUGCCACAUGCUGCUGAGGGGCAUCUUUAACCAGGGCUACCUGUGCUCCAAGUGUGGUUUAGGCGCCCAUAAAGAAUGCCUGAGCCGCUUUGGCAGCUGCGGAAAAACAGAUCCCGGCUCCGUCGGAACUCAGGGCAAAGAUCGAGAUGCAGGUCUGCCCAAGAUGCUGGUAAUCAGGAACUACUUUGGCACGCCGUGCCCCACUUCUGGCCCGGCGCUCAGCAUCCAGACGGGUGACAUCAUCGAAUUAAUCUGCGCCGACCUUCACAGCCCAUGGUGGCAGGGCAAAAUCAUGACGACGAAAGAGGUUGGCUUCUUUCCAAGCGACGCUGUGAAGCCUUGUCCAUGCGUCCCGAAGCCCGUCGAUUACUCCUCUCAAGCUUGGUUCGCGGGGCCCAUGGAGCGGCUCCAGGCAGAGGCAGAACUCAUCAACCGGGUCAACAGCACCUACCUGGUCCGCCAUCGCAGCAGAGAAUACACAGAGUACGCCAUCAGUAUAAAGUACAACAACGACGUGAAGCACAUAAAGAUCCUGACCAGAGAGGGCUGUUUCCACAUCGCAGAGAACAAGAAGUUCAGGAGCAUAUUAGAGCUGAUUGAGUACUACAAACACCACUCGUUGAGAGAAGGUUUUAGGAGUCUGGACACAACACUGAAGUUUCCGUACCGGGAACCGGAGAACGCUGCUAUGCACCGCCACAACCGGUCGGGGAGCAACACCCCAUUGCUCUGCGGCCUCUCUUUUGUAACUCCUGCCGGCUACAGCUUUGUACCUCCUUCCUCUGCUCCCUUCUGGUCAGUGUUUACUCCGAAAGUGAUCGGUGUGGCGAUCGCGCGGUACGACUUCAGCUCACGAGACACCCGGGAGCUCUCGCUGCAGGAGGGCGACGUGGUUAAGAUCUAUACGAAGUCGGGAGCCAACGGCUGGUGGAGGGGCGAGGUCAAUGGCAGGGUCGGCUGGUUCCCGUCCACAUACGUAGAGGAGGGUGAGGAGUGAAAGGUCCGACUUGGGAAGAAUAGUCAAAUGAAGGAAGACCGGCAGCAGCAGUGGAGUAAUCAAACUGUGAACAGUAACAAACAGCUUCUGCACCGCUGCUUGCCCCAGUGUUACUUUUCCGAGCAGAGCGGGCGGCUUCGCUCUCCUCGAUGGAGUCCUGUCGCCGACGAAGGCCUUUGGGAGAGAAAAAGGUCCGCAGUACGUCGCGGAUGCGAAGAUGCCCCAUCAUUUCUGGUUGACUCUGUGUGGCUAAGUGACUCCACCAACUAGCAGCUUGCUUGUCAGCGGGGCACAAGCCCUCGCCAGACACCCCCCUCCUCCCUUCCUGAAUUCAUCCAUCCAUAAUUCACCCCGCGCUCCCUUCCUCUCUCUGCACCAGCCAGCCCUCAACUCCCACCUGUUUCUGCCGGCCAAGUCGGCCGUCGCCAGACUGUCAAGAGUAGAUACUCAAACAGCGUUCCUCCAUUCAUGCACUCACCUAUCCAUCCAUCCAUCCAUCCAUCCAUCUAUCCUCCCUACCACCCCCCUGUGAGAAUAGAGACAUCUGAUCCGACAAAGACCCACACUGUAUCCUGUUUUUCUUUCAUCCCCUUCUCUCUCUGAAGGGAUUUCAGUCAGUUUUGACCUUGCCUGUGCGUUUCUUCCACUAAUGCAGGUGGUUAUUGAUGACUUGAUGACCCAGAUUCACACACACACACCACCCACCUCUCCUCCCCCUUCAGAUUACGAUCGCCUCACACACGCGCGCUCUUACAGAGAGAUGUAAGAGAGGGAUGGCGUCGGAUAGCAUCGCUGCACCGUGCCAGCAAUUGAUCGCUGUUGUUCCUAUUUUCCUCCCACCUCCUACAUUCUUUAUCUGCAGCCCAGCCUCUCAUGUUUUUCAGUUGUCUUGGCCGUUAGCGAUCCUCCGCUCUUAUCGGUGGCAGCUCUGUCGACAGGAGCCCAUUCGCCGAGGGUUUAUCUUAUCGGAGGCAUUAGUCGGGGAACAAGCCACACUACCUAGAAGCCACCUGUCCCCUUCACAUAAAAAGAAAAGCAGAUGAAACACAAACUUUGUUCCUCUUUUUGUUUCUUUUUUUUUUCUCAUUUUCCGUCUCAUUUUCUUUGCUUUGCUCAGCAGGUCUCGAAUUGAUUAGUCAUCAUCUACAGAUAUGAUGGAUACGAAGCAGUUCGAUUGAUUGCAUUCUUGCGAAAUGAGCAGUACUGCAGUGGAAUCUAGCCAGAUUUGUACUUUUGCAACAUUUUCACCAGAUUAUGCAUCGAAACGUUCAUCAAAGUGUUAGUUGAGACCGGGUCUUCUCCUAUAACUGCUAUUUUAGAGGCUGGUUUUACUCAAGUUUGUGCAGAAACACGCGCAAUUUAGGGGAUUUAUUCCGGCGAGAAAAACAUCAAACUUAAAAAAAGGUAUUUAAGUAUUAACACUUCAAUCCAAAAGGACUGAUAUCGGCUCUCAGAAACCUUUUUUCCCGCAGCUUAUAUCUUCCUGCUAAAUGUCCUCCCUCUCACCCCCUCUCCUUUUCUGUGUCCCACCCUCACCCCCUGUAUACAUUAUGCACACUGUCUCCUUAAUCCACAGUGAAAGAGGAUUUUCCCACAUUUGAGGGAAUAAAUACCUUUACAGCAAAACACGCCGCGCAACACACUCGUGGUGUUAACACACACCAGCGUGCCGUCACAGACGGAGUAUGGAGGCAGCGUACACAGAAUCCAAAUAGUGAUCAACUUAUGUCUGGAGGUGAGACCAGAAAAUCCCCAGCUGUUGGCUUUGUGCAGCGAUGUUUUAAUCUCAGCCACGGUGUUGAUACAAACCAUACUUCUGUGUUUGAAAUAUGUACAUAUUGAGAUUUUUUUAUUUAAUUCAUGGUUUCUGUUCACACAACAGGCAGAAAGCAAGAAAACUCUUUGAACUCGUCCUUAAAAUGUCUUUGCUCUUUCUUUGGCUAUUUGUCUUCUUUUUGUUCCCCCUCGCUCUUCAAAUACUUUCACACACGCCUACGCGUGACAUUUUACAAAAAGCAUCCAUCUCUUUCCUGUUAAGGGAAACUAAUAAUGUACAUAAAACACAAUGUUGGGAUAGUUUACAAAGAGGACUCAUUCUCUAGUUGACAACUUAAGUGAAAACAUGUAUCAGACAUUGAAUGAAGUCAGAAGUUUCAACGCUAAUAGAGAAGUUUAACCAGCUGUCAUGUGGCUAACUAGUGGAGCCUGCCUUCUGGUAACAGCCCCCAUUCAAAGCCGUCAUCCUCCCCUGCCAUGCACCUCAUUGUAGCCAUGCCAUUGGGAAUCUAAUUUAUUGUAAAGAUAUGCUUUUGUAUGCGCUUAAUGGAGCCAUUAUGGUUGAAACUCCUUAAUAACCCCCUGCCAGCCCUGCCACUCAAUGCCAUUAUAAUAUGUAUGGAAGAAUAUGUUUUUCUUCUCAGUCAUAUUGUUUAAUACUGGACUGGAGAAAUGACUGGAGAAAUGUGUCAUAUGUGUCUCCAAAUUAUCAACAGUGUCAUUAAGUGACCACUAGAUGGAAGCAUCCUAAACACAUCUUCUCCUCCUCCUCCUCUCCGAGCCUUAAGUUUGGAGAUGACAUCAUCUGAUUAGGAAGCAUGUAGCAUCAGCUCCAGACUUGUUGCUGUGAGUGAGAGGAUACGAAUAGACAAGUAUCAAAUCACACAAGAUUGAAGUUUUCUAAAGAAGUGAACAGUCAUUAGUAAUGCAGGUAGACUUCUACCAGACGUUCUUUCAAAAUGUCCUGAUAUUCCAGGGAUUGUGUGUCCAGUAGGAACCCUGAGGAUGAUAUUUCUCCUCCACCUCCUGCUUCCCAAAAUGUCUGCAGUCUCCGAACACUCAAACAUCACAUUUAUAACAUCUUUGGGAAAUCUUGGGUGAGGCGGCUCAAGCGCUUUUUCCCGUCUUGGGAGAACUGGAGAGUAGGCUUCUCUAAUCGCAGACUCCGGUAAUCCACUCCCGCGCUCCUCCUCUGCCCAGAUGAACUCUGACAGCGGGGCCAUUUACAACUGGAGGCCUUCCUCCACUCCGAGUGCGCUUCCAGAUUUUUUUGUGUGUGUGUGUUGUGUGUGUGCAGGAGGGACGGGGAGGAAGGCUCAAGGGUAUCUGUGAUCUAAUCAUUACACCAUCUCCUCACCCCGGCGACCCCGCUGCAUCCAUCUCUCUGUCGGCUCCUCUCUCUCUCGCUCUAUCUCACCUUGUCACUUCCCUUCUCUCUCUCUCUCUCUCUCUUUACUGCUCUCCUUCUCCAUCUAUCUUUCAUCCAAUCUCUGUCUUCUCUCUGUAUUCUGUCCCUCACCCCCGACGCUCUGUAGGCUGUAACUGUAUGUUGGCGGGAGGAGACGAUUCAGAGAGAAGGAGGGAGAGAGAGAGGCGGUCUGAUUCUCUAUAAACAACCACAAAAAUGAGAACUGGUUUAAUUUGAACACAAAUUCAUAGACUGGGAGAGAGAUGAUCCCAAUUAGAGGAUGAAUUAGAAUCAGCUCUGUUCUCUACACAUAUAGAGCGCCUGCACAGAUUAUGUCCAUAUGCAGAGGCACACACCGUGUACGUGUGGAGAAACAUUCUGACAGGAUUUAGGGCCGGGCAAGUCUUAGCCCAGUAGGGGGUUUCAGGAUCCAAUCUUCUUAACCGACAUGAGAGGACAGUUCUGCAGGAACCUGAACAGAAACAUAAUACCAGCCAUACAUGAAGGAAAUAUGUCAUAUAAUACUUGUUUGACUCUGGGGCUGAAAAUCGAUCCUUAAUCCAUUGACAAAUCAUCCCCCCCUCCGUCUCUGUGUUAUAUUGCUCACUGUGUUCUCGCUCUGUUAUCCCUAUGAAGCCAAAGAUGUAUGCUGUACUUACUGUACACUCUCAGUGUUGUUGUCGUCGUCUCAUAACCACGGUACCCGACCGCUGUGGCCUAACUCUAAAACCGUGCAAUCUCGACUGUGUAGCAUUACCGUGUAUUGUUGCUGUACCAUACUGUAAAAUAUGUACAUAGCACAUAAUAAAGAUAUACAUUGCUUCUUGUAA